GGGUGGUAUUCGUAGCUCCUGCCCGCGACGUGGAGGAGCGUCGGUUCCGGAAAGAGACGGAAAUUACCGAGCCGUUGCCAUCGCCAUCGCCAUCGCUGUCGCCGCUGUUCUGGUUGAGAAGGCCAAAUAGCGAGCAGUUCGCAAUCAUGCUACGAUUACCUGUGAUCCGUAAGACAUUAAGAAACGUCGCCCACUCUGCCAGAGACUGUCUGGGAGCAAAGAACAAUGUUCGCAGCACUGCAACAGCUGCCAGCAAUCUGGUUGAGGUGUUUAUCGACGGCAAGCCAGUGAUGGUGGAGCCUGGAACCACUGUUCUACAGGCCUGUGAAAAAGUUGGCAUACAGAUCCCCCGGUUUUGUUACCAUGACAGGCUCUCCGUCGCAGGAAAUUGCCGAAUGUGCUUGGUGGAGAUCGAAAGGGCACCCAAGCCAGUAGCUGCCUGUGCUAUGCCAGUAAUGAAGGGAUGGAAUAUCCUUACGAAUUCUGAAAAAACUAAGAAAGCCAGAGAGGGUGUGAUGGAGUUUCUGCUGGCUAAUCACCCAUUGGACUGCCCUAUCUGUGACCAAGGAGGAGAAUGCGAUCUCCAGGAUCAGUCAAUGAUGUUUGGCAGUGAUCGGAGCAGAUUCACAGAGGGAAAGAGGGCUGUGGAAGACAAGAACAUUGGCCCACUUGUGAAAACCAUCAUGACCAGGUGUAUUCACUGCACACGCUGUAUCAGGUUUGCCAGUGAAGUGGCAGGUGUGGAUGACUUGGGCACUACAGGAAGAGGAAAUGAAAUGCAGGUUGGGACAUAUAUUGAAAAGAUGUUCAUGUCUGAAGUAUCAGGGAACAUCAUCGACCUUUGUCCAGUUGGAGCUUUGACGUCUAAGCCCUAUGCCUUCACUGCCCGUCCGUGGGAGACCAGGAAGACAGAGUCCAUCGAUGUGAUGGAUGCUGUUGGUAGCAACAUUGUUGUGAGCACACGUACUGGGGAGGUGAUGAGAAUCCUGCCACGGUUAAAUGAGGAUGUGAAUGAAGAGUGGAUCUCUGAUAAAACCAGGUUUGCCUACGAUGGACUGAAGCGUCAACGCUUAACUGUUCCCUUGGUCAGGAACCCAAAGGGGCAGCUGAUAUCUGCAUCUUGGGAGGAGGCAAUGAGCCGGAUUGCAGAAGUGCUACAAAAAAUGCAGAAUAAAGAUGUGGCUGCUAUUGCUGGAGGAAUGGUCGAUGCUGAAACACUUGUGGCUCUGAAAGACUUGAUCAACAGGUUAAACAGUGAUGCGCUGUGCACGGAGGAGAUCUUCCCUAUGACUGGAGCUGGCACCGACUUGCGCUCCAAUUAUUUGCUGAACACCAAGAUUGCGGGAGUGGAGGAAGCUGAUGUACUGCUGCUAGUUGGCACCAACCCACGCUUUGAGGCCCCACUUUUCAACGUUCGAAUCAGAAAGAGCUGGCUGCACAAUGAUCUUCAAGUGGCUUUAGUUGGGGCAAAUGUGGAUUUGAGUUAUUCCUACAAUCAUCUUGGAGAAUCUCCAGAGAUAUUACAGGAAAUUGCAUCAGGAAAGCAUCCUUUCAGUCAGGUCUUGAACCAAGCAAAGAAACCCAUGGUGGUGGUUGGCAGCUCUAUUCUCCAGCGAAUUGAUGGUGCAGCAAUCCAUGCAGCAGUCAGCACCAUCGCUCAGAAUGCCAGAGUGGGCAGUGGAAUAAUGGACAAUUGGAAAGUUUUAAAUGUUCUUCAGAGAGUUGCAAAUCAAGUGGCUGCUCUGGAUCUGGGAUACAAAGCUGGUGUUGAUAUUAUCCGGAAAACUCCGCCAAAGGUACUUUUCCUUGUUGGAGCAGAUAAUGGCUGCAUCACACGACAGGAUCUUCCAAAGGACUGCUUUGUCAUUUAUCAAGGACAUCACGGAGAUGUUGGAGCACCAAUGGCAGACGUUGUUCUCCCUGGAGCUGCUUACACUGAGAAGAAUGCCACGUACGUCAACACAGAGGGCCGUGCCCAACAGACUAGAGUGGCUGUGACUGCUCCAGGCAUGGCGAGAGAGGAUUGGCAAAUCAUCCGUGCACUUUCUGAGGUGGCUGGAAUGACACUUCCAUAUGAUACUUUGGAUGAAGUCCGUGAGAGGCUGGUUGAAGUAUCUCCUAACUUGGUCUGCUAUAAUGAUGUAGAAGAAGCCAACUUUUUCAAACAGGCAAAUGAACUUGCAAUGCUGGUGAAUCAACAGAUCCUAACUGAACCCCUCGUACCACCUCAACUUACAAUUAAAGAUUUUUACAUGACUGAUCCCAUCAGCAGAGCUUCUCAGACAAUGGCGAAGUGCGUCAAAGCUGUAACGGAAGGAGCCAGUGCAGUAGAGGACCAUUCUAUCUGCUAAAGUAUACUGGCAAACUGACUUCAAACCUGCCAUGUUGCGCUGUUGCAUCUGAAUGUUGCACGUCUGUGAAUAGCAGGUCUCCAAUGAACACUGAAUUCAUACCCAUCCAUAUACCUGCAGCAUUAUUAGCAAAGCUAAGUGCUGGUUAAUGCUGGAGAAAAUGUACUUUGCACUCUGCUAUCUCCUGCUAUGCUAAGUCAUGGUACAGUUAACAUCUCUUGUAAAAUGUAAUAUAUUCCACUAGAAAUGUAAGUGGAAUUGGGGCUGUAGAAUAAGUUGUGAUUUUGUUGGCUCUGUACUCAACACAAUUGAAGAUCGUUGUGUUUAUAAAUCCUCAAAGGUUGAAGUGGUUCUUGUAUCAUUUCUAUCAGCGUUUUACAGAAAAUAAAUCUAUACCGAAAGGCAUAAA